AUACAUAUAAACUCUCUGAUAUCAAAUUACUUGAGCCACUCUCUCUUUGUACAGAAAAUUCAUUGCUUCACUACUUUUCCUUCCACACAAACUCCUCUGUCUCUUCCAUUAUUUGAUUGUCUCAAAUUAGUGAAUGGAGUCAGAACCAGAAAAGCCUCUUAAAUCCCCAACUAAACCUGAAAUCAUUGCGGUUGGGUGCAAAACCCCUCCACAAGAUCAACAAAUCGAUCACAACAGUCAAGAUUCCGGCAAUGAUUUGCGAAAAACUUGCACCCCUGAUCGUCUUAAAGUCCCUAAGGCGUUUAAGUUCCCAGAAAGAUACAGAAGCCCCACUGAUUCUAUGAUGUCACCCGUCACGAGAGGUCUCCUAGCAAGAAAUAGGAAAGGUGGCGGUGUUGUACUGCUUCCACCUAGUCUGAAUCAGCCCAAGAUUCAGGAUUUGCUUGUUCAGGAGGCGAGUCUGUUUCAAAAUUGAAGAACUUGGUAUUUCAGGAUGAUGAAGAUAAAUCAGAUAGAUUCUUUAACCUGUUGAAUUUGUCUGAAGUGGUCUUAUUUCAUGAACUUUAUUUUGUUUGAGACUUCUUCUUCUUUUCUUUUCUUUUUUUCUUUUUUUUUUUUUUCUGCUUCAAUUAUGACAAAGGGGCUCAUGUUAUUUGUCAGGCUUUUGUAAUGCAAUAUCAGUUUUUGGUUUUUAUAAGGACAUGCUUUUGGUCACCAUGUUCAGAAACAGGAAUGCUACCAUGUAUAAUUUGAAAUGAAAACAUUAUGUCAAA